AUGCAGUUAUCCUUGUCUGCUUUAACAACCGUAGCAUUAACUUUGACUUAUUCCUUAGUUGAUGCUAAGGCCCAUAGCAUCAAAUUAUCUAAAUUGUCAAAUGAGGAAACUUUAGAUGCCUCGAACUUUCAAGAAUACACCAAUUCAUUGGCUAACAAGUACUUGAACCUUUUCAAUGCCGCACACGGGAAUCCUUCUAACUUUGGUUUACAACACGUCUUGACCAACCAGGAAGCUGAAGUUCCUUUUGUCACCCCCAAGAAGGGAGGUAAAUAUGAUGCUCCGUUAACAAAUUACUUGAAUGCUCAAUAUUUCACAGAAAUCCAAAUUGGUACACCAGGUCAGCCAUUUAAAGUUAUCUUAGAUACUGGUUCGUCAAAUUUGUGGGUGCCUUCCCAGGAUUGUACUUCUUUAGCAUGCUUUUUACAUGCCAAAUAUGACCAUGAUGCAUCCUCCACCUACAAGGCUAAUGGUAGUGAAUUCUCAAUUCAAUAUGGGUCUGGUUCUAUGGAAGGUUAUAUAUCCCAAGAUGUUUUGACUAUUGGUGAUUUGGUUAUCCCUGGUCAAGAUUUUGCCGAGGCUACUUCCGAACCAGGUUUGGCAUUCGCAUUUGGUAAAUUUGAUGGUAUUUUGGGAUUGGCUUAUGAUACUAUUUCGGUCAAUCAUAUUGUUCCACCAAUCUAUAACGCCAUUAACCAAGGCUUGUUAGAGAAACCGCAGUUUGGUUUUUACUUGGGCAGUACUGAUAAAGACGAAAAUGAUGGUGGGUUAGCUACAUUUGGUGGUUACGAUGCUUCAUUGUUCCAAGGCAAAAUCACUUGGUUGCCAGUCAGAAGAAAAGCUUACUGGGAAGUGUCAUUUGAAGGUAUUGGGUUAGGGGAUGAGUAUGCUGAAUUGCACAAGACUGGUGCUGCCAUCGAUACCGGUACUUCUUUGAUUACUUUGCCAUCAUCAUUGGCUGAAAUUAUCAAUGCCAAAAUUGGAGCAACUAAGUCUUGGUCGGGUCAGUAUCAAGUUGACUGUGCUAAAAGAGACUCCUUGCCCGAUUUAACUUUAACUUUCGCUGGUUACAACUUCACUUUAACUCCAUAUGAUUACAUAUUGGAAGUGAGUGGAUCAUGUAUUUCAGUGUUCACGCCAAUGGAUUUCCCAAAACCAAUUGGUGACUUGGCCAUUGUUGGUGAUGCUUUCUUGAGAAAGUACUACUCCAUCUACGAUUUGGACAAGAAUGCUGUUGGUUUAGCACCAUCCAAAGUUUAG